UUGCUUAUAGACCACCUAGCUCGAAAUUUCAGUCUCUCUAUAGCUUGACAAAUAUUCUCUUAUCUAGCUACUGUUGCCAACGUUUUAGCACUUGAUAUUUUGAGCUCUAAGUUGCUUUAACGGUCUUAUUGUCUUCCUUGAGAUCUUCAUCGUCUUCCCUUUAAUUAGUCAUUGGUUGUUGGUUCGUCUUUUCUUUUCGUUGUCUUAUCUAAACUUUUCACUCGCCCGGAUCUUCCUUCUGUUUGAUAUUGCUUCACAGAUUUCAAGAGGAAACCAUGGUUUAUGCAAUCAAGUUCAGAACAAGUGUAAAUAUAUAUAUUCUGUCAUCCCUGUAUCUGUUGGUGUCACGCUGGCCCGUGUCAGAGGCAGUUCCUAUUCAGAGGAGAAAAGAGCCUGGCAUAAGCCGUGGGUCCAAGAAUGAUCUAAUGUUACCCAGCGAGUCUGGGGUAGUUAUAUCUCGAACCACUCCCGAACAUGAGGUUUUCAUGAAGGUUCUAUUUCCGACGCCCAUUAACAAGAACUUGCACUUAGAGCCUGUCUCAUUCAUCAGACGUGGGACUCUUACCAGUAAAUAUAACUACCUGCUUUACAUCAGACCUGAUGGAUCCGUGGGAGGCACUAGUAACGACAAAUCUAAGUAUGUUAAACUGGAAUUCCAUUCAGUAGAUCACGGUCAUCUAAUGAUCCUAGGGGUCGCUACCAAUCGAUAUUUAUCCAUUACAGACGAUGGACAUCUUAUUGGACAGGACCAACCAUCUUUAAACUCCGUGUUAAAAGAGGAGUACUUGCCAAACUUAUACCAGUCUUUUAAAUCUUAUAAAUAUCAAAAAAAGAAUUGGUACGUGGGAAUCAAGAGAAACGGAAAACCGAAAAAAGCGCAAGACACCGAUGAAGGACAAAAAGCCGUGCAGUUUUUGAUUCGCUAUGAUGAUGGCACGUGAUCAGGUAGAAAGAAGUUAAUCACACACGUUUUUAAUAACAUGCGCGGAAUCGUUGCGUGACAAGACAGAUCGUUGCGUGACAAGACAGAUCGUUGCGUGACAAAGUAUACCGUUGCGUGACAAGGUAGGUUUUGGUGGUCGUCAGUCUGGAUGGUCUUUCCAUGAAAGUGCGAGAAAGACACAGAAAACAUGUCUAGAAUGCCAAUAACUUUUUCUGAAAAUGCGAGCAUGGUGCGCGCAUUGUGGUCUACCUUGGGUAUAAACAUAUUUUGUUCUUCAAACCGCUGUGUGUAUAUAGUGCUUAUACCGAAGCUAGAAAACAAUGCAUCCUAAGAUAGACAUAUAUCAUCCACACAUCUAUGGAAUACCAUUAACCAUUUUUGAAAAUGAUAGCAUGGUUCAUUAUGGUCUACCUUGGGUACAAUGAACAUCUUUUGUUCGUCAAACCGCGGUGUUUGUAUAGAUGCCGAAGGUAAAACACGAUGCAUUCCAAGAUAGAUAUCCUCCAACACCAGAUUUAUGGCGCGCUCAUCAAAUUGCACUGUCCGAUUCCGCGCGAGUUAUCUAAAAACGAGUCUAAUAGUUAUUGAUGUCAAUUAUGCGCUGUUUGCGCGCACGUUAAUAAGUCGUUGAAUUUAUCAACCAAUAUUAAUCAAUCAAUCAACCCGCGAAGAAAUGAACUCAAGAUGGAAUAAAGUAGUAAGAAUUUCCUGCAACUAGUUCUGUUCUUUUUUUCGUUAAAAUUUAAAGAUAUGAAAAACAAUUAAUCAUAUUUUUUGUUCGACACGCAGGGAGUGAAAUUUAAAAAAUCUUUGAUCGAAAUUUUCCAAAUAUUGAAUAUGCACCACAUGGAGAUUUGAUAAACUAAGUGCGGGAAUUCUUAUACUUAUUCUCAUUGGUCUAGCUAGCUUGUAGAUAAUGAUGUCUUCUCGUGUAAGGAAGGGAUAGCGCCAAGUUAGGAUUCCCUUCACUAAACUAGGAAACAGGACCUUAUGCAGGGUAUCUUGGGGGUACCUGUUACUUCACGUUCUAACGAACCCUUCUCAAAAGUAUCUGGCAUGCGAGGCUAGCAUGACAAUACGAAAGAAAUGCCACAAAUUCCAUCGAGAGAAAGUGUGAUGCCCACGCAUAUAUCCAAGUUCUUUUUGAGAAGGUUCCAUUGGUAUAUUAGUAUACUCUAUAAACCUAUCCGUAAAUUUCUAUUAUUAUUAUAUAUAUAUUAACCUAUUGAACUGAUCAGUUUUAGGUCAGUAUUGCGCAGAUUUAGUGAAGAAAAUAAUUUUUUUACUCAUUCUUGUACCAGGAGCCUACGUUUCUUCUGGCCUGCGGCGAAGAACGACAGUAGGAACGCAGGCUCUGGGUACAAGAUUGGUUUGUACUAUAGCCUUUCUACUGUGGGUUGUGUGGUCUGUUUGUUUCUCGUCCUUCGGCCAUCGAUCUAUUGACUCGAAAGCCGUUCGGGCUUCAGGUCUAAUUGUUAAGUAGAUAAGAAUUACUUUAAUAUUUGAUUUAUAAAUACUUUAUAUUAAUUUAUGUAAAAAGUUAUUUAUGAUAGGCCACUUUUAUUCAAUUUUCAUCAUUGUUCGUCGUUUGCAAGAUUUACUUUGGCUGUGCCUUGAUUGAAAUUUUGCAUAAUAUUUUGAGCAUUUUCUGCGACCUCAUCUCUAGUCCUUCGCUGUCUCUGACGAUGAGGAAGACUGGAGAUGAGGUUACUGGUUACUUUAGAUAGGUACUAUCCUUUCCAGGUCUCUCGUUCCUUUUGGUGUCAACAAAUCAUAGGAAUGAAUUUUGACUCGGAAUUAGAGCCAGAAUCCCUUUAUGCGGAUUAUACAAUAGUAGAAGAUAUCAAAAUUUGCACUUGAGCUUAAUAGCCAGCCCAGCGAGCUAGGAAUCGGGUAGAGUUUUGAGAAAGAGAAUUCCUUGAUUCAUCGCUUCGCAGGCUGGUAUUCCGUGGAAUACCGCCAACGUUAUAACAUGUUUAGAUUGUAAAAUAUUACAAGAAAAAUAUUUAAACUUUGGAGCGAAAAGCUCCAACAUUAUUAUAUUUUUGUUCGACAAACUUGGAAAAAAACAACAAAAUCAUAUAUUUAUAAUAAUAUAAAGUAGCGACUGUGUCGCAUUUUCAUGGGGGUUAAUAAAUGCGUGUAAAAAACGUGCUACCCAGAAGUCUUUUGAUCGCUCGUCACGUGAUCCUAAUCACGUAGUCUGGUCUUUACGCGCGGGUCGUUGGUUGUUGGAAGUUUCUUGAAUGCUGUACAUAGAAAAAUGACGUUAACAUUGAAUCAUAUAGGAAUAAAAAAUAAUUGAUAAGGAUCAUCACUGAGAGAAAUAUAUUUUGCUGAGAUCCUAUUGUUUGUAAUUAUAGCCCARAUGUAAAUAUAUAUCUUGA